GAUAGAACUGCAUGAAUAUCACCACUGAUAACAUGUGAUAAGAACCUAUGUUCUACUCACCCAUGUUAGAAAGUCCGUGGCACAUAGUUUUGUGUGAAUGGCUACUGUUAAGAAGUUUGUAUUGCUCCCAUUUGCUCCCUUGAGCCCUGGUGAUGUAGUGGUUAGGACACAGUAUUGCAGGCAAACUCUAAGCAGAGGCUGGAGUUUGAUCCUGACGGGCUUGGAGAUGACUCAGCCUUCCAUCCUUCCGAGGUGGGUAAAAUGAGGACCCAGAUUGUUGGGGGCAUAUGCUGACUCUGUAAACCGCUUAGAGAGGGCUGUAAAGCACUAUGAAGUAGAAUAUAAGUCUAAGUGCUAUUGCCAUUGCUCCCAUUUGUAUAUUGUAUGAUCAUGACAAUGUCUUCUAGUUCUUUGAGCUAUGAUUACCUGGACCCCUGGGAAAAAGGCAAGGGCAAACCACUUCUGAAAAUCGUUGCCAAGAAAACUUCAGGGUCUCAUCUAGAGUCAACAGACACACACAAAUAUAAUAGUGUACUAUGUACCAAAAGUACCAUGUCAUUGACAGAAGUUUCUUGCCCAAACUCCAAGACAGCCACUAUUUUUGGAUGGCAUGUUCUCACAACAGAGUUUCAAUCUCCCUGUCAACUCACUGCUCAAGCUGGCUGAAGCUAGAUCAAGUUAAGAUUAAUGUUAGGAACAUGGUAUUUUCCAUCCAAAAAUGGAAGAUUUCCUAUGGAGACAUUCAGUGUGACUUGGGAGUAGUUUUUUAGAGGGAGGGUUGUUGAUCUGCUGGGCUCGCUAGAUCUAUAACACAAUUUCCCCUUCCUAUCUCCCUUGUGUGUAUGUGUGUGGGAAUCUAUGCUUCUGUAGCUAUUCAUGUCCAGUCCAGCCAGAGAAAACUGGCUCUUGCUGGUUUAGCCCUCUCCUUUUUCUUGUGAUUCAGUGAUGGAUGUUGACUUUUGGGAAGCAGGUAUGCAAAUAUGCCAACAACAACAGAUUAAUGUGAUGUGGAAUCUUUGGCACAAAGGAUGCAAAUGAGUGAGAUAUAGAAAAAUAUAUGAAAACUUAGUCCCUUUGGAAGGCAGUGAGAUUGGAGUGAAAAUGAGUGAAAUAAUUGCAAGGAAGGGAUUAGAAUUAAAGGAUUCAAAUUAUACAGUUCCAAAAUAUUAUAUGGUUUUUUAGCAUCAUCAUAGUAAAGUAUUCCUCAGCCCUUCUCCCCCUCCCCCGGUCAGAUUGAUAUAUGUUGAUUAUUGUUUUACUACAUGUACUUUCUUUAUAUGGUUUCAUUUUAUGUAUGAAUUUGUGUACUAUGAUACAAAAUUAACAAAGGAAAGAGUUUGGGUAUAUAAAGAUAGUUUAGUCCCAAAAUUCAAUUCUCAUCACUUUUAUUUUCUUAUAUUUAUCACAUUUACAGAGAUUCAAUGGACUUUCAAGAUAAACAGAUAAUUUUUUUACCAUUACAGGAGAAAUUUGAGAGCUUGUUCCGUGCUUAUGAUGACUGUGUGACAUUUCAACUGUUUAAAAGUUUUCGACGGAUAAAAAUUGACUUCAACAACCCCAAAUCAGCUGCUAAUGCUAGAACAGAACUUCAUGAAACACAAUUCCAAGGAAAGAAACUAAAGCUUUACUUUGCAAAGGUCCAGACUCUGGAGAAUGAUGGAGAGGCCUUCCACUUGGCUCCACCCCAGCCAUCCAAGCAAUUCCUCAUCUCACCUCCAGACUCUCCUCCUGUAGGUUGGCAAUCAAAAACUGAUGAUACACCAGUCAUCAAUUAUGACCUCCUGUAUGCUGUUUCUAAACUGGGACCAGGAGCCCUCUGGAAUCCUCCCUUCCUUCCUCCCUCAGCAAAAUCCACCUUUGGAAUAAAAAAGGUCAACUUAACUGUAAUAAAAUUCCCAGGGUCUAAUCUGCGCACCCUUAUUUUUAAAUUGAAAUUGGCUGCACUCAAUACCAAAGUCGAAAGAUUUGGGAUCUCAUACAAUAGAAGAAAUGAGACCACAGGAGCAAAACUUAAAUAAUAAAAUAAAAUGAUUUAUUUGUAAAGUUUCAGUUGCCAAUUUCUAUUAAUUCACUCAUUUCCACAGUCUUACAAACCACCUCUCCACCAGGCCAGAUUGAUUGGGCAUUGGCUAGGAUUUUUGGAGACAACAUUGCAUGCAGCAGAUGGACAAUCUCAGUCAGAAAUCUUGCAAUGACCUUUGGGACUCCAUCAUUUUUUAUAUACUGUACAGGCUGGCAAAAUGGCUGUGCCUCAUUCCAUCAGAUACACAGAGUGGUUAGACUGAAAUAGAAUUUAAAUUGGCCUGAGAGUUAAUUAUUUUGGCCAAGGAUUGGUCUGUUUGUCCUACAUAGCAUCCAGAGGAACAUUGCUGCCAGAUGAUGGCAGAAGAAUGUUUGAAUCUUCUGCAUGAAAUAAUUGGCAUCUAUUAUGGUGCUGUUAGUAUAUAUAGGAACAAGCUAGACAUCUGGGUUUGCUCCCAGGUUUGGCUCCCAAGUGAACAUCACUGUUUUGUUGUUUUCUUUUCUUGUGAGAAUCUGCUCAAGAUUAGGUAGUUGUUUGUAUGCAAAUAUGGACUUGCUGCCCAUACCCAAGAAAGAGCAGUAUCCUUGUCCAGUAUAGACGGUAGCUUAUUAAUAGUGUGUUUGAAUGGCUUGAACUGGGAGCUGUGAGAAGACCAAUGGUCUUCUUUGUUCUGUUUCUGUACUCUGGCUUUUAAUAGGUCCUCCUUGGGAAUUGAUCUGACUGUGCAGAUUUUUCUGUUCAUCUCAUUGGGUGGGUUGUUUAGCCUCUUGAAUCCCUGUUUUAAUGCUAUGAGUUAAGCAUAUAUAUCAAGUGGAUCAGAAUAAAUAUGGCUGUAACUUAAAACCUGGCAACUGAUAAUAGAUUGGUGGGGUCUUCUGGAUGGAAGCUGAACGCAUGUACUGUAUGUAUUGUGUGUGUUGCAAUUUGUGGGUUUCUAUACAUGUUAUUUAUGUCUGUCUGUUGUACCAUUUACAGAAGCAGCAAUAGCACUUAGACUUAUAUACCACUUCACAGUGUUUUAUAGCCUCUCUAAGCGGUUUGCAGAGUCAGCAUACUGUCCCCAACAAUCUGGGUCCUCAAUUUACUGACCUUGGAAGGAUAGAAGGCUGAGUCAACCUUGAGCCCAUGAAAAUCAAACUGCUGAACUGCUGGCAGCAAGCAGUCAGCAGAAGUAGCCUGCAGUACUGCACUCUAAUCACUGUGCUACCACAGCUCAGUUUUGUAGGAGGACUAUGUUAAUCUAUGGUGGCAAAAAAUCAGAAGGAGUCUGAUAACAAUUUUUCUGGUGAAUUCAUUUUGUUAAAAGGCACAAGCUCUUUGUUUUAGUCUGAAAAAAAAAGUUACCAGAUUCCAAUUUUGGUCUUAGAAUAAUAGAUCUUCUAUUGGUGAAAAUUGGUGUCUGCCUUUAAUGAGCACAAAUGGUAUCUUGGAACAUUUAUAAGAUAUUGAGCUUCUACAUAAGAAAUUUUUAAAUUAUAAAUUAAAAUCCAAAUUGAUUUUAUUGAUAUUCUGAUACCCUAGUACAGUGAUGGCUUACUUUUUCCGGAUUGAGUGCCCCCUGCAUGCACGCCCCCCAAUACCCCCCAUGCAUGUGUGCAUGCCUCUUCAUGCGCCCCGCCUCCCGCACAUGAGCUCGUGAGCCUUUGCACACGGUCCACCCUCUGUACAUGCGGAGCAGAGACCCGAAGAACUGCUGGCCGGCGGGAGGUGCGCUCGCAUGGGCGGUGCAGUUGAACUGGGGCGACGGCUCACGUGGCCACAGAAAGGGCACUGUGUACCACGUCUGGCAGGCGUGCCAUAGGUUUGCCAUCACAGUCCUAGUAGUUUGAGUUACUUUAAUGACUCUUGUUUCAUUCAAGUGACCUUGCAUUAUCAUAGAUUGUGGCAGCACCAGGUAACAGUAACUGAUUUUUUAAAAAUCUGAAUUGGAUAUUCUUGGAUGAGAGACCAUCAGGAAAUACCAAGGAUGUGGCCCACCCUAGGAAAUCAUAAUCACAAUGACAAGCUGAACAAAUUCCAGUUCCAACCCAGGAGCAUGGAUAGGCCCAAGCGCCAGACCCUUUGGUAGUUCAGUUGAGAGGCUUGACUGGUCACACUUGCUGAUGAUCUUUGGCAGUGCUGGGAUGGUACUGGUGCAUCCAGUCUGGUAUUCCUUGAUCUCUCAGCAGUUUUUAAUAUGAUUGGUCACAGGGUCCUUCUGGACUGGCUAUGCAGGUUAGGAGUGGGGGCACUGUGUUGCAGUGGUUCAUUUCCUUUCUUAGUGUGGUCCACAAUCCCACAUUUUGGGAGUGUCUCAAGGCUCGAUCCUCUCCUCUCUCCUGUUUAACAUCUACAUGAAACCACUGGCUAAAGUCCUCUGUCAGUUUGGAAUUUGACACCAUCAUGACACUAACAAUACCCAGCUGUAUAUCUCAACUCUGAGUUGUGUAGGUGAAGUUGUCAAUGUACUUACCCAGUCUCUGCAGGGUCUGGAUGAGGCAGAGUAGAUUUCAGCUCAAUCCAGCCAAGACUGAGUAGCUGUGGCUAUUUGUCCACACAGGGUCAGGGAUGUUUCCCCCUUUAGUCUUGGAUGGAACUGCACUUCCUCAUUCUAGACAGGUAUGCAACUUGGAGGCCUUUCCGCUUGAAGAGCAAGUGGCAGCUGUGGCCAUCCUUUGCACAGGUUCAUCUGUAUGCCAGUUAUGCCCUUCAGGUCCUUCUGAUAGUUACUCCUGUCUUAGUCAUCUUGUUACUGAUUAUUGAAAUGUGCUAUAUGUGGGGCUGCCCUUGGAGACCAUCCAGAAGUUACAAUUGGUACAAAAUGCAGUGCUGGGAGUAGUACUGGCCACCUCUCAGUGUGCCCAUAUAUAUCACUGCUGCUACAUGAGUUGCAUUUAUUGUCAAUUAGCUUCUAGGUGCAUUUCAAGGUGCUGCCAUAAAAGGCACCUAGGGUUUGAAUAUCUGAGAGACAGCCUAUUUACAACUGUUCCUGCCACCUAUUAUGUUCUAGCAGAGUGAAAAUGCUCCAGAUCCCUACUAUUACAUGUUGUCAUCUUACGGGACCAAGAAAGUUUGCCUUCUGUGUUGUAGCUCCUGCCCUCUGGAGCAGCAUUCCCCCCCCCCCAGAUAUGGACAGUGCUCUCUCUCUCUGGAUUCCAAGAAGCACUUAAGAGCUAGUUUUGUACUUAAUAAUAGAUAUCAUCUUUCCUUAUAUGAAUUUAACAUUUAUCUCAUAUUCUUCCCCAUAUUCCCCAUACCAUAACUUUCUGAAAAACUUACACCCCAUUUAUCAUACACUCCAUAACGUCUUACUUUUUCUAUCUCAUGAAAGGAAAGUCUUUUCAUUUGAAAAUAUUAUUUCUUUACUCCUUGCUGUUUACGUUUAGUAAUUACAAUCAUACUUUGAUCCUUCCCUACAGCUUUCUGUGUUUCUUCUCCCAAAUUUACAACCCCAAUUUUAGGUUGUAUUUGCUUUGUUUCCUUCUCCCCUUUUUUAAGCAUUCCCAACUCUCCUUUCAUCUUAACUUCUAACAAUGGCAGACUUCCAAUCUUCAAUACUUUAGUGUAAAAAUCCCUUGCUUUAACAUUGUAUUAAGACAAUAUCUCCCUCCCUUAUAGUUUACUGUUAAUCCAGCUGGUACAUUCCAUCUAUACUGUAUAUGGAGAUUUCUAAGCUUAUCCACCAAAAAAGCAUAUUCUUUUCUAUUUCUUAACAUUUUAGGCGGAAUUUCUUUCAGUACCAAUACCCCUUCUCCCAAUAUUGGAAUUUUAUUUUUAUAAAAAGCUUGUGAAAUCUCAUUCCUAAUCUUCCUAGAUGUAAAAUAAAUUACUACAUCUCUUGGCAAAUGUCUCUGCUUUGCAACCCAUGAAUUAACACAAUAAAUUUUUUUCAAUUUGAAUUUCAAAGUCCACUGAUUUUUGUCCAAUCAGCUGUGCAAAAGCCUCUGCAAAAAUCUUUUUCAAGUUCUCGCGCUUAUUUUCUUUCAAACCUCUUACUCUCAAUGCAAAUUCCAU